UAUCUUCACGAGGGCAUCCUGCAUACACUAGCUUAAUAUUUACUGAUGUGCUAAUGUAAUAAUGACCUAUCUACCUCUACUCCUCUCUGGGGUACUUUCUAUCUAUAGGGAUGGGAAUUAAUGACAGUCUCUCUGUGCUGCCUGAUGUCAGAGCUGAGAAAGGUGUGAAGGGUAUAUAAGAGCUGUAUUACUUGUCGGCAAGGAAGGGGGAAAAGGGAUACUCCAGAGCUAGAUGCAAGCGUGGAAUUGUUGCGUGCACCCUCCUUGCUAACACAGGCGUGCUUCUUCUGUUAGCUCCCUGACCACUAAAAGAAAGUUUGGAAGCAAAGAUGUGCAACCUAAAGCUGUCAGUUUUCUUCAUUGCACUUUCUGUCACUCUGAGCUGUUUGGAAGCUACAUCUAUUGAGAAAUUACUAUCUGUGGCUGAUGAUCUAUCUGAUGGUACUUCCAAGAGACAAGGAUGGAUAUUGCCAGCAAUGUCACGGAAUACACUCUCAGGACUUAGUGAGGAAAUGCCAGAACAACCAGCAGCAAAGACAAAAAGUAGUCACCACCUAGAGAAACGGAAAUGCAACACCGCUACAUGUGUGACGCAACGCUUGGCUGACUUUUUAGUUCGUUCCAGCAACAACAUCGGAGCAAUUUAUUCACCUACGAAUGUGGGGUCCAAUACAUACGGGAAGAGGGACACAGCUGGGCUUUUAAGCAGAGAACCCCAAAACAAUGCACAGCUUUAG